UUUAGUUUUCAAACUUCAAAAAGAAGUAGUUAUCACCGAAUAAUAUUAUAGAGUGUAUCAAUUUUGUUGAUUCUUUUUGAAGUCUAAGAUUUACUUUUAAAUUGAGUAAAUCAAAUUGCUCCUAUUCAUUCAAAUAGUGUCAACCUCAGUAUAUAAAUUGGUCCAUGUAAGAAUCAGUUUAUCGAUAAACCCUUGGAAUAAGCUGAUAAAGGUGUACGUCUCUAUCCGCAAUGGCAGAUCCUAGAAUUCGGCAAAUAAAAAUAAAGACCGGCGUUGUAAAACGCAUAGCCAAGGAGAAAGUGGUGUAUGAAAAGGAAGCUGAAUUGCAGAAGGAUAGGAUACAAAAGAUAAAAGACGAAGGCCAGGACGAACAUAACAUUCGAAAGCAGGAGGAGGUUUUGCAGGAGUCCCUGAUGAUGGUACCGGAUUGUCAGCGGCGGCUAAUAAAAGCAUUUGCAGACCUCAAAAAUACAUUAGAAACUGAACAAGAUCUAAAGGAGCACGAAGACUAUAUAGCGGCUCAAGAAGUAUUAAAAGAAGCUGAAAAACAGCUGCCAGAAACGACGUCGUAAUUGCUAGA